ACGAAGAAGCGCGGCAGGGGUGGCUCAAGCGGGACGGCGCCCGCUUGUUGUUGAGAGGAUUCUGUUCGGCCGGGUUCGGCCCGAAGGAAACAAAGAGAUCAUGGCGCCGUGGUGGUUUUUUAGCGGGCUGGAGGGAGGGGAGGCUGCGGUUGUUUGAGCGAAGCGAAGCCUCCAUGUGCCGUUCGGAUCGUUCAAUGCCUGGAAAGUCUGACUAGCUAGCACCCGUUGAACGUGCUAGCAAGGCGAGGUAGCUAUGCUAACAAGGCGAGGUUAGCGUGAGUAGCUUGGCGCUUUCCCCCCAAACCAGCACUCUUUCUCACUUUUAUCUCAGCCAAUGAAGAUGGAGUCAGCGGCUGAGGCUCAGCAGGGGGCGGAGUCUACCGUGACAGAGACGGAGCACCAGCAGAUCACCCCGGCGCAGAUCGCCACCUUGGCACAGGUAUCCAUGACAGCUGGCCACGCCUCGGCAACCGGCCCCACCGUUACGCUGGUGCAGCUUCCAAACGGGCAAACGGUCCAAGUGCACGGCGUCAUCCAGGCGGCUCAGUCGUCCGUCAUCCAGUCCCCACAAGUCCAAGCUGUGCAGAUCUCCACCAUAGCAGAAAGUGAAGAUUCGCAGGAAUCGGUCGACAGCGUGACUGACUCUCAAAAACGCAGGGAGAUUCUCUCACGGCGACCCUCGUAUCGGAAAAUCCUCAACGAUCUGUCCUCCGAUGCUCCGGCCGUCCCUCGCAUCGAGGAGGAAAAAGCGGAGGAGGACUCGUCCGCGGCGGCCGCCACGCCCGCCAUCACCACCGUCACGGUGCCCACCCCCAUUUACCAGACCAGCAGCGGCCAGUACAUCGCCAUCACCCAGGGCGGCGCCAUCCAGCUGGCUAACAACGGGACCGACGGCGUGCAGGGCAUCCAGGCUCUGACCAUGACCAACGCGGCCGCCGCCCAGCCAGGAGCCACCAUCCUCCAGUACGCACAGACCAGCGACGGCCAGCAGAUACUGGUUCCCAGUAACCAGGUGGUAGUACAAGCCGCCUCAGGGGACGUCCAGGCCUAUCAGAUCCGAGCGGCACCCGCCAACUCCAUCGCCCCCGGCGUGGUCAUGGCCUCGUCGCCCGCCUUGCCCACCCAGGGCGCCACAGAGGAGGUCACUCGCAAGAGGGAGGUGCGCCUGAUGAAGAACAGAGAGGCGGCCCGCGAGUGUCGCAGGAAGAAGAAGGAGUACGUCAAGUGUCUGGAGAACAGAGUGGCCGUCCUGGAGAACCAAAACAAGACGCUCAUCGAAGAGCUUAAAGCCCUCAAAGACCUUUAUUGUCAUAAAUCCGACUAAGCCCCAACCAUCCAGAACAGUCGGAUCCGGCCCAGUCGGAUCUCUUGACUGUUGGGCUCCGCUAGCCGGCUUGGUCUGACGUCGCCGCCCCUUAACUCGCAUCCCCUUCGGUCAGUUGAGUCGAUCCAGAGUUUUAACUUUUAUAUUGGCCCCGAAACCGAGAGUACUUUUUAUCCGCCACCAUUGGAAAAUGUGAAUGCUAGCGCUUUGCUAGCUGCUGUUAAACCUGAGCCUAAGCUCCAGGGAACGGAUCCCACAGGUUCUUUACGAUAACACACACAGUUCGUAAUCCAGUAUCCAAUUGUAUCUGAGCCUAGCGAUAUUAGCAUAACUUAUCGGUGUACGAGCUACUAAAUCGGAACACAGUAUUUUAUUGCAGACGGAACUCUCUGGGCAAGCUGAGUCCCCGACUUUAAAUACAUUCGGAAGGGCGUCUCGCAUCAAAGGACUGUUGAACCAGUCGGAUUCACACAAGUCCACUCUUCACUUAUCCCAGCGAGCUCUCAACCGGCGACCGCGGCUGGAAGUCCUCGUAUCGCCACGUCACGGUAACCUAGCGUGACGCUUUUAAGCCUGUUGGACUACAGUUCUUCAUUCGGUGACUUUCGACACCACUUUUACAAAGGAAAGUCACGUUUUCCAUCACGCAAGUAGACCCAAUUUGCAUGAGUAACACUAAAAACUCGCUCCAACAAGUCUUCUUAGAUGUGUUUAUUUUUUUAUUCCACGUGUACAUAGACGCUACAGCAUGUGUCAACUUCAUGUAUCUCUGGCAAUUAUUGAAACAUAUUUGUAAAAUAUACUGUACAUCGCCUGCGUGUGAGUGCGUGCGUGCGUGCGUGUGUGUGUCAUCCAGCAGGCCUAGCGGUCACGGCAGCUACAUGCACGAGAAAAGAAAAUAUAGGCCUUUGCUUGUUGGAAAAUGUAUGAAAUUGCGGUGCCAUAUUUUGUUCAGUUUUUGUGUUCUUAAUGGUCUUUUACCACAUAGCAAAUGAAAGCACAAGCGUUCUUUCAAAAGGUGUCUAAUACUUUUUACAGGGAUGGGCAUUUGAUGAGAUUUCCUGGCUCAACUACGAGGAAAAUAAAUAUAUUCACUGUUACUUUUUAAGCACUAUUUUCAAUCUGCUUACAACAGCGCCAACACUGGUUGCACCCAAGUAGUGCACCCAAUUUUGCCGCGCUUGCCUCAAAAUGUAAUCAAUCAAUUCCACACGUCUUGACGGGAUUUUAACGAUUGUAGAGCCCAUCCCUAUUUUUGGCCUAGAGUAUUGUAAUGUUUUCCCAACUGGCAGCUGAUCAUGUUAUAAGCCUUGUCAUUGGCUCCCUGGUGCUCAGUGGACUUUUGUUGGAAAAAGUGUUUAAAAGUAAACACCAGUUUUAUUUUUCUAGACUCGAUUAUUGCACACUAUAUAAAUGUAUUUGUAGUGUAAAGAAAACGGCCUCCGUGCUAUGGUUGUUGUAUCGAUGAGUGAUCAGAGGAGUAUUGACAAGUAAAUGCGGAUGCAGGGGGAACUACUGCAUACUCAUUGUGAAUGUGUGCAGUAGUUGGUGCCACGAUGGGACUUCAAAUGUGUGUUUUUUUUGUGUGCUGAACGAAGACAGUGAUGACCUGUAAAUGUCUGUUUUUAAAUGGCAACCAUGUGACUUUUGUCACCAACAUUCGCUUGAGUUGGUGCAUGAAAACAUCCCACGAGUGUACAGGCACAUUUAUAGAAGUUUUCUAUCUUGUCAUGUGAUGACUUUGUGUACAGACCCCCCCCCCCC